AAUUUUAGGUAAUCCAUAUAAAUUUGGGAGAACUGAACUCAUUGUUUAUGGCGUUCAAUCCGUUACCAUUUUUGAAAGAAUUACUGCUAAUGUUCAAUUCACGUUUGAUGGUGUAGCUAUGGGUAGCCCUUUGGAGCCUCUCUUAGCUGAUGUUUUCAUGUCGUAUGUGGAAAAUAUGACGAGCGAGCUUAUUAGUGAGGCAACUCUAUAUAAACGAUACAUGGACGAUAUUCUAAUUAUGCGUGAUAAGGAUUUUGAUGUUUACCGAUUAUUGGAUAAACUCAAUGGUGUUCAAGAUGAUAUUGUAAUGACAUAUGAAUCAGAAAGUAAUGGCCAAUUGGCCUUUUUAGACAUACUUUUAAGUCGAAGGGAUGAUGAUAAUAUUAGACGGUCAGUGUAUAGGAAACCAACGUGGACGGGACAGUACUUAAAUUUCCAUAGUUUUUGUCCAUUGCAAUACAAGCGAGGUCUGGUUAAGUGUCUCUUUAAGAGGACUCAGAUAAUUUGUACUUUUGACACGUUGGAAAAAGAUGAAAAGAUACUGACUGACACAUUAAUAGCAAAUGGUUAUCCAAUAAAGUCUAUUAAUAGAUGCAAAAGUCAGUUAAUGCUAAGACCUCUUGUUUAUUUAGUUCCAAAGAAAAAGUUUAUAUCAAUUUACCAUAUAGAAGCGAAUCCAACAGCAUAGUUUUCGGACAGAGGUUGAAAGCAGCCAUCGAGAAUACCUAUUAUGCUGCUCAGUUGGAAAGUCUAAGCCCAUGGUUCCUGAUAGACCCAAACAAUGCACUAAUGAUUACGUCACAUCCCAUUGUAUUUACCAAUUUGUUUGUGUGGACACACAUAC